ACCCUCCAUGCGCGGCGGCAAGAACAAGGGUCCAUGCCUGACGUCACAAGUGGCGUGAGAAGAAACGGCAUGGAGAUUGUGGAGAUCACUUUGACACGCCCGCGAAGCCGCGGCCUUAUUUUUCUUCUGGCUCCUGCGCCGGCGAUACCUCUUGAUCACCUACCGCACGCCGCCGCGCACGACGGCGAGCAUACAUACACGACACACACGACGGCGACCGCAAAGUAAUUCUUUCACGCCGAGCCCGCGGAGGGCCGCACCCACAUACGACGCGCCAGACGCCGAGCAGUAAAACACGACCCAAUAGCGCGCACCUUGUUGCAGUACACGUUGCACGCACGCGAAUUCUAUCAUGGCGACUUCGCCGCCGCUCGUUGCUCCUCAGCCCAUGCUUCCCGCGGACGCAUCCGCCCAUGUCAUUGAUCAUGGCAAGAACACCGACGACCACCAUGGCGGCCGGUCAGCGCAGCCUAGCGUUGCCCCUCCAUCGGCUUCCUCCAUGCCCAUCGCGAUGACGGAACCCCUCCCGCAACCAGCGUCGCCCCCUGGCGAGCCCCCCACGGAGAACAAGCUCCAGCCAUCCUUCUUACAUGCCUCCUCGUCCCCCGCCGUCCCCAAGCUGAACGCCUAUGAGGGGGUACCGGGUAUAACUACCUCGCACGAGGAGGACGACGCGCGCCGCGCCUCGGCUGAUGCGCAGGCAGGUGGCGGUCCAGCGGGCGGCCCGCUCUCCAACGCGACUAUCGAGGCGGUGAUUCAGGCGGCCACGCAGAGCCCCAGUCCCCACCCGGGUUUAAGCUCCUACACCCCUCAACCACGCAACGCCUUCUCGCCCCUCCCAGGCCAAUCCUUCUCCCCGAACCCCUCCGCAGCACCCUUCUCCCCCAACCCACCCGGCGGCGGUCAGUAUCAGCCCUCGCCGCUCUCGCAAGGCUCCUGGAGCUCUAACGCCGAUUCCGUCGAUGUAGGCUACUCGCCCUCGCGCGGGCCCAACUUUCCCGAUGGCAUGCGUGCGUCGGGCUUUGGUGGUGUGAACGGCGCAGCGCAAGGCUUUGGUGCUGGCGGCGGGCAGUCGGGAUUUGGAAGUAAUUCGUCGACGUUUACGGAUGGAAUGCGCGCGCCGAGGGAUACGAGGACGCAGCUGUUUGUGGGGAAUCUGCCCUACCGCGUCCGAUGGCAAGACCUCAAAGAUCUAUUCCGGAAAGCAGGCACGGUGCUCCGCGCGGACGUCAGCUUGGGACCCGACGGUCGCAGCCGCGGCUAUGGUACAGCGCUGCUAGCGACAGCAGAAGACGCAGGCAGAGCGAUUGAUAUGUUUAAUGGAUACUCCUGGCAGACGCGCGUCCUCGAGGUUCGAUUAGACCGAAUGGGCGGCGUUGACGGUGCCUCGAGCGGAUACGCCGGGCAGCCAACGAUGGGCGGGUACGGCGCACCAAGCGGGAUGGGCGCGCCCGCGAUGGGAGGACUGGGAGCGCCUGGAGGUGGGCUCGGCGCGGGAGGAGCGGCGUUGGGAGCAGGAGCCCUUGGAGGGUUGGGCGCUGGCGGAUUGGGCGCUGGUGGAUUGGCUGGGGGACUUGGAGGUGGAAGUCUGUACGGCGCGUUGCAUCCGGGGCUGGGCGACGUGAGGCCGGGAAGUAGUGAGGGGGGUGCAGGUCCGGGGAGGAGUUUGUUCGUUGGGAAUCUGCCCUUCCACGUCCAAUGGCAGGACCUGAAGGACUUGUUCCGCUCGUCUGGCGGUACCAUCCUGCGCGCGGACGUUGCGUUGGGCGCCGACGGACGCUCGCGCGGCUUCGGAACGGUAACCUUCGCGUCGGAGGCGGACGCGGAGCGGGCGAGGGCGCUGUUUGACGGGUACGAGUUCAAUGGCCGGCAGCUCAAGGUGCACUACGAUAAGUUCUCCGCGAGCGCGGGCAUGCUUGCGAUCCCUGGCGCGCAAGGGACGUAUGGCGAGACACUUGGGCGAGGGCGCGGAAUCGGCCUGGGAGACGGACGCACUGGUGGGUUCGGAGACGGAUACGGUGGUCUCGGCGGCUUGGGCGGUGCUGGGUUGGGAGGCGGACUCGGAGGUGGCAUUGGUCCCAGCCGGCUCGGUGGCUCACCGUUGGCUGCGUCGAGUCUCGGUGAUCUAACCUAUGACUCAUUGAACGGCUUGCUCGACGAGGAGAAUGCGUUCCGCUAUGGGAUCAGUGGUGGAAGCGGCACAUCGUCUGCGAGCGUGUCGCGUCCGACGUCCAGCGGCGUUGGUGUUGGCGGCCUGGGCGCGUCACGCUUAGCCUCCCUCGGGCAUGCGGCUUCGCUCGGUGCGUCGCCAGCAUCAUCUCUUGGUCCGUCACCAGCGCUGGGCUCCGUGCCGACCUUGGGUGGCGGGACGCUGAGCCACUCGACGUCACCCCGACUCGCCUCUGGCGCGUUCGACGGCCGCGCAUCAUUGGAGGCCUUACGACCGGGCAGCUACGACAGCGCCCUUCGACCAGGCUCGCUUGGUGGUGUUGGCUUAUCGUCAAGACUGGGCAGUCUGGAUAGCGCACCCUUCAGCUCCGACUUGCUGGAUCGCGCAAACUCGUACGAUGGCUUCCCUACUUCCGUCUCGCCGAAUCGCUCGGUGUUCGAGAGUGCGCUGGGGCAGACAGCGUCUCCUUUACAAGCUACAUCGCCGCGGUUAUCGUCGCAAGCUGCGUCUCCAAGACUGUCCUCGCCGCGACCCUCGUCGAGGUCGCAGGCCGCGUCGCCGCAGCCAGCUUCCGCCGCGCGCCUACCAGUAUCCCAGCCGAUCUCGCGCCUACCGAGCUUCGCCGAUGCCGUCGUGGGCAAGGCCGAGGCCAACACCGGGCUCAAGCGCAGCACGUCGGAUGCGCAUCGCCGCGGGGCGCCGCCGGCCGUCGUCGCACGGAACCUUAGCGCGGAAGGUGCGGGCGAGCCUGUGGGGCGGUCGAUGAGCUUUACGGACGUGGGGAUGAAGAGCGGGAUGAUGAGUGCUGGGUUCGGCGGCGGGGCGGAUAGCGCGGUGGAGAGUGCGGCGUCGAGUCGCGCGGAGAGCCCGACGGGUGCGCAUUCUCUGCCGGCGCCGGUGUUCCCGACACUGUCGAGGCAGCCGAAGGGUGCGGCAUCCAUGGGUGCUGUGCCGAGGGCUGGGGAAGCGUCGGAUGCCCCGUCGAGCGACUUUGUGGACCAGGUUCUGGCGGCUGGGCUAGCUGGGACGCGCCUCAACCCGUCGUCGUCGCGCAAGCGGCCUGGUCCGGUACCGGUCACGUCUGGCGGUGGCUCAGGCGAAAAGAAGAGCAGCGGGAGCGCGAGCCCCGCUGGCAGCUCUCGCGCAUCCAGCCAAGGGGAAGACGCGCGGAGCACACCACCGACAAGCCGUUCCACGUCGGAGGAGAAAAAGCCGGGCAUGUCACAGCAGCAGCAGCAGCAGCAACGCCAGCCGCGCGGCCCUCUUCGUCGCGGUCCCCAGCAGCAGCAGCAGGGUCAGCAGGGCGUGCGGCGUCCGAUGCAGCAGAACCCGCACCACCCAGGUCCCAUCUCACUCCCACCCUUCUCGCCGAUGUACACGCCCUACAUGCCGAUGGUGGGCAUGUCGCCCAUGCCUGCGAUGACGCCGCAUGGGAUGCCCCCGAUCACGCCCAGUAUGCCGCCUUUCACGUUCUUGCCGCCGAUGGGCAGUCCGGCAGGGCACCCGAUGCAGCAGUAUCAUCAUGCUGCGAGCCAGCUGUUGACUCCACCCGUGUCACCUGGCAUCCACGACGGGAGCCCGCGUACGCCGCAGCAGCAUCCCGCGCACCAGCAGGCUCAGCAACAAGCCCAACAGCAGCAGGCGGCUCAACAACAAGCCCAGCAGCAGCAGGCGCAACAGCAACAAGCGCAAGCCCAGCAGCAGCAACAAGCUCAGCAGCAACAGCAGCAGGCGCAGCACCCACAGCAAUAUCCAUACCCUCUUCCGCCGCAUCUGAUACCCUUCUCGCCUGGACUCGCGCUCAGUCCGGGUGGGUAUGGCGUCGGGAUCAACCCUGCGGUUGGCGCGCCUGUUCACCUGCCGCCGCGCUCGCCUGGCGGCUUCGUACCUCCUCACUCUCCCGGCGGCUUCUUCGCACCUGUUCCUCCAUUCGCGGCACCUCCGCCUGGCAGCCCUGGCGCGUACCCAUACCCAGUGUCGCCGAUGGGCUACGUCCCGAGUCCGGGAGGCUUUGUGCCCGCGAGCCCAGGGUACUGGAUGCCGAUGAUGAUGCCCGCGCAACAGCAGCAGCAGCAGCCUCAGCAGCAACCGGCGCCUCAGCAGCAGCAGCAGCAAUCCCAGGAGCCGAAAGGGUACUUCGACGUCCUGCCGCAGCAGCAGACGUGGCCGAACUAUUCGCGGCGGGACAGCAACGCGGGCGACCGGACGCCGGGCGCGAGCACCGGUGGGAUCGGCCAGGGCGUGUACGACGAGAUCAUGAAGAGCGGGACGGGGCUCGGGCGGGAGGAGCAGCCCGGCGAGUCGCGCGAGAGUGAGCAGUCGAGGAACGGGAAGGAGAUCACCCACAGCCUGUCCUCGUCUCCAGUAAGGAGCGCGGAGGCGGAUGGCAAGCCCGAGUCGCGUUGAAGGACUUCGCCUCAAAAAGGUGUGGAAUACGGGACUGCGUCUGGUACGGAUGGGUCGGUGUAUGAUUCCAGGAGUGUGGUCGGGGUGGUACUGUCGGUAGUGUAAUGUCCGCGCUGUGCUCUGGAAGUUCGUUGUCGCAUACAGUAGAUAGUACAUCGUUGGUAGGUCCGUACGUAUGGUUUGCACGCACAUUUACAUAUUUACAUACAAGCUAUCUAUCUCACAGGCUCGCUAUUGUAUGGGUUCGGUGCA